GACUAAUACUACAUAUAACAGUAGUAGUCUUCUUUCUUUGCUUUCAUUCUUCCAAAAAGAAAAAAGAUGAGAGAGAGAAUGAUUAUUGAAUUGGUGCUGCAAAUCGCACUAUUGUUGUGGCUAACACUAACACAAGCAUCAUCAGCAUUAGCUGCAUCACUAGCAAAGCCUGGUUGUCCAGACAAAUGCGGAAAUAUUACCAUUCCUUACCCAUUUGGUAUUGGACCCAAUUGUUUUGCUAUUGAGUCGAGUUACUCGUUUGAGAUAAUCUGCAACAAAUCUGUCACCCCACCCAAACCAUUCGUCACUAGCAUGAACCUUGAGGUGCUUGAAAUCUCAUUAACAGAAGGCACUAUUCGUGUCUACAACCCGGUAAUCACUUCUAAUUGUGAUAACAGGGUUAAUCAUCAAGUUGUGAACUUGAACCCAACUCCUUUUUUCUUCUCAGACACCUACUCCCGAUUCACGGCCAUGGGUUGUGACAACCUCGCCUUAAUCGACUAUCGAGGAUUGGCCAUAGGCUGCGUGUCCAAUUGCAAUGUUACUUCAAAAGAUAAAGUUUGCUAUGGCAUCAACUGCUGCCAAACCACAAUCCCUCCAUUCUUCGACUUUUUCAAUGCAUCUUUCAGAAGCAUAGUUUCAAACAAUGAUAAUAAAGGGUGCAAAUAUGCCUUUAUGGUGGACCAAGAAUGGUUCACUAAACUGACAGACCCUAAUGCCGUGAAGGGAAUGGAGAAGGUCCCUGUUGUGCUGAGGUGGGGUACAUUUGACAUGUGCCGUGCAUACAUUGGCUUCUAUCCUAAAACUUCAUUAUGCGGCACUAAUGCUUCCUGUUUCAAUCAAAGCUCAACUUACAAUACUACCCUAUGCCAAUGUGACCACGGCUAUGAAGGAAACCCGUAUUUGCCUCAUGGAUGCCAAGAUAUCGAUGAAUGUGAGAGAAAUGAUACCCAUACCUGUGAGAUAAUCUGUGAGAAUACGCCAGGGAGUUACAAGUGUCAUUGUCCACCUGAUACUCACCUUUUGGACCCCAUGGAAGGUAAUUCUUACCAAUUGAAUUCUGCAGGUACUGGAACAUGUUUCGGAAUACUAUUUCUACUUGGUACAUGGUGGAUGAUUAAACUAGUGAGAAAAAGAAGGAAAAUUAAGCUCCAUGAAAAAUUCUUUAAACGAAAUGGGGGUUUGUUACUACAACAACAAUUGUCCUCAGGUGAAGGUAAUGUUGAGAAAACCAAACUCUUCUCUUCAAAGGAGUUGGAAAUAGCCACUGACCACUUUAAUGAGAAUCGAAUACUAGGGCAAGGAGGGCAAGGUACUGUUUACAAAGGCAUGUUAGUAGAUGGUAAGAUUGUAGCGGUUAAGAAGUCCAAAAUAGUGGAUGAAAGCCAACUUGAACAAUUUAUUAAUGAGGUGGUCAUUUUAUCACAAAUUAUCCAUCGAAAUAUUGUCAAGCUAUAUGGAUGUUGUUUGGAGACUGAAGUACCCUUGCUUGUUUAUGAAUUCAUCCCCAAUGGAACCCUUUUCCAAUAUAUCCAUGACCAAAAUGAAGACUUCCCUCUUUCCUGGGACAUUCGUGUCCGGAUUGCUAUAGAAGUUGCAGGAGCUCUUUCCUAUCUAUACUCGGCAACUUCCAUACCCAUUUAUCAUCGAGACAUCAAGUCCACAAAUAUAUUGUUGGAUGAUAAAUACAGAGCAAAAGUGUCUGACUUUGGGACUUCAAGAUCAAUUACAGGUGAUCAAACUCACUUGACCACAAAAGUACAAGGGACCCUUGGAUACUUGGAUCCUGAGUACUUCCAAUCAAGCCAAUUUACAGAGAAAAGUGAUGUUUAUAGCUUUGGAGUAGUUCUUGUUGAGCUCUUAACAGGACAAAAGGCAAUCUCAUCAGCCAAAUCUGAAGAAUGGCGAAGUUUAGCAGCAUAUUUCAUAUUGACGAUGAAGGAGAAUCGUCUGUUUGAUAUUCUUGAUGCUCGAGUUGUGAAAGAAGGUGGGAAAGAAGAGAUCAUGCGAGUCGCUAAUCUUGCAAAACGAUGCUUGAACUUGAAUGGGAGAAAAAGGCCUACAAUGAAAGAAGUUGCAACAGAGUUGGAAGGCAUUAGAAUGCCACACGGAGCAUCCACUAUUCAACAAAACUAUGAAGAGGUUGAAUUUGCGGUAGCUAACCUCACUGGGCCUUGGGAUGCUGCUUCAACUUCGACAAGUUUUUAUCAAGAUAGUAGUGUAUCAUCAUCGUCAGAUGUCCAAUAUCUAUUAUCAAAGUAAAUAUUAUGGUUGAGGUUUUGUUUUUUUCUUUAUAUUACAUGUCCUUGUUUAAAUAAUAGUGUAUAAGCACUGAAAGAUGUUCCUACUUCUGGUAUUUAAGAAAUCAUGAUCAGCAAGAAAAUUUUACUAUCCUCUA